AUGACGCUGCCUGAAUACACAAAGGACGGGAUCAAGUGGACGGAUCUGCCUAAGACAUUCCAAGAAGCGAUUCUAUUGGCACGCAAGCUUGAUAUCUAUUAUAUAUGGAUUGACUCGUUGUGUAUUGUACAGGACUCCGUAGCCGACUGGGCUCAACAGUCUGCUCAGAUGGCGGACAUAUUCUCGAACGCAUACCUUACGAUCGCGGCAUCGGCCGCAAAGAAUGGACAGGAAGGCCUUCUAAAUCGUCACAAGCUCUCGACGGUCAACAUAGAACACAACAGCAAAGCCUACACUCUCUCUUUUCGCGGAAUAGAGCGCCACGAAAUGCGAGAACAAGAUUCAACCCCUUUCCCGGAAAAAACAGAACUGACAUUGCGAGGGCGUGCGUGGUGUUUCCAGGAGGAACUCCUCUCUAGGCGGAUUGUUCAUUUUACAAAAGACGAAAUUGUCUUCGUCUGCCGUGAAGCGACUAUGUGCGAAUGUACGGCUCGCUGGCUUCCCAGAUUCAAACUACCACCAAUCAUCGGCACUAGUCACCGCACUCCAAACGCUAUAUGGGGUAGUGUUGUUGAGCACUAUACACGGCGUCAGAUCAGUUUCUACAGGGAUCGACUACCUGGGCUAUCCAGCUUGACGCGAUUAUUUGAGAAAAGCCAAGAUAGAUAUCUUGCGGGACUUUGGGAAUCUCAUAUGCCAACGAGCUUACUUUGGUGGACCGAACACGGGAGCCGUCCAGAAUUGCAUGAAGGCUCUCAAUCAAACCCACCGUCCUGGUCUUGGGCAUCUAUUACAGGCGGGGUGCAUGAUCCCGCAGCAAAACCACAGGCUUUAUGUGAUAUAGAGGAAGUCGCUGAGAUGUUGAACGCUCGCGUCUACCCUACUACAGACGAUCCUAGGGGUAUGGUAUCAGGAGGACACAUUACCCUACGAGCACCAUUACUUCCACUCGAUCGCAUGUGGCAAAAGUACAGAGAAAGGAAAGAUCCGCCCUACUGUAUUUUUGGAAAGGAGUUACCCGGUCUAUACAACAACGGAAGCCUUCACGUCAGUUGUGGUCCUGGCUGGGACCAGGGACAUCAGUGGACUGAAGAUGAUAUUUGUUCUUGUCUGCUGGAUGACACGGCCAAGCUUUCAUCUUCACUUCUAGAGGACGGCUCCGACAUACUUCUUUUCUUCUUGGUCAUUCGUACAGCGUACCCAUGGCGGAAUUACCAAUCUGUGAACGGCAGACUAGAGCUUCAAGGGUUGCUACUUAAGCCAUUUGAGGCACCUGAAGGGGUUCAUCAAGAGGCGGUAGAAGCACCAGAACAUAAGCUCGUGUUCGUGAGAGUUGGGAUGGGGGUAAUGGAGCUAUGUAAGAAGGAUGCAGAGAAAGCACUGGAGCGCUUCGGGGAUACUAUCCUUACCGUUUUUUGA